AUGGAUUCCAUCCCUUCCAAAACCCUCCAGAUCUCAUCCACCAUAACAUACAAAUAUUACGUCUCAAAGCCUUCGCAACCCAACGCCCCAACCGUUCUCUUCCUCCACGGCUUCCCCUCCAGCGCCUCCGACUUCGCGCCGCAGGCCCGCCACCUCGUCUCCCUCGGCCACGGCGUAAUCGUCCCCGACCUCCUCGGCUACGGCGGCACGUCCAAGCCGCGCGACCCGCGCGAGUACGUCUGGCGCGCCAUGAGCUCGCACGUGGCCGCGAUCCUGGACAGCGAGGGCGCGGACGCGGUCGUCGGCGUCGGGCACGACCUCGGGUCCUGGUUCCUGAGCAGGCUGUACCACCUCCACCCGGACCGCUUCCGCGGCCUCGUGUUCCUGGACGUCGGGUACGCCGCGCCCGGGCAGAGGUUUGACGUGGAGAUGAUUAAUCGUAUGACGAGGGAGAUGACGGGCGAGGAGCGGUUCCGGUACUGGGAUCUGUUUACGGAUGACGAGGGGGUCGCGCUAAUGGAUGGGAAUGUCGAGAGUGUGGUCUCGCUCAUGCAUGCUGCGCCGGAGGUCAUGGCUCGGAAUCUUGGGCCGAAGGAUAAGGCGAGGGAGUGGGUUUCUGCUGGUCGUGUUGCGCAGACGCAUCUCUCUGGCGACGAGGGCGGGAAGUAUCUCCGGGAGAAGGUCGCCAUGUUCGAGGAGGGAGGAUGGACGGGGCCGACGAACUGGUACAGGGCGCUGAGGGAGAACAUGUCGUGGGACGACGAGAAGGAUAUGAGUAAAGAGCUUGAGGUCCCGGUUCUGGUGGUAGGGUGUGGACGUGAUGAGAUGACGUUGCCGGGGAUGCAGGAUCAGAUGACGAGACUGUGGGCGAGGGCUGCGUACAGAUUCGAGGUGCUCGAUACUGGUCAUUGGGUUAUGCUUGAGGAUCCGGAGGGGACGAAUAGGUUGCUGGAAGAGUUUCUUGGUCUCGUAGCAGAAGCAUGA